ACCUGAACUCUCUACACUUAACAAACGUAAUGAACUCGUGUCUUCCUGCCGCCACAGAAACAAAGCCCUCUUGCGCAACAACUGAUGUAACGAACCUCGCACUGAAUAAAUUAUGUAAAUCAGUCUGGUAUAUAAGUAAUGGUAAAGUUAUUCUCAUUAAAAUCCCCUGAUGAGUGGGCAACCACGAAACAGGCUUGUAGGGAUACUUAUGUAGUUACUUGUUUUCUUCCGUCAACCAUACGUAUACUCGCUCUACUUUAUGUAUUGAGCACUGUUUUACGGAUUUCAAGUUCAAACCUCUUAUUAAAAGAAGUCUAUAGAAAAAUUACGAGCGAAAUCCAUUUUGUGGGCAAAACUCGAUAUGAGGAUCUUACAGAGACUGGCUCUUAAAACGAGUUGCACCUGCACGAAAGGCGUUUCUAAUGUCGUCCGGUAGUAAAAUCGCGUAAAAUAGACUAAGGACAAAUAAACCAUUAUUAAGAAGUUAAGUAUUCUUUGAAGAGUCAACAUUGACGUAAAAUGUAUAAAAUUGAAAAGAGAACGAGCAAUUAGUUUUAUUUGUUAAGGAACACUGUUGGCUUUUCUAUGAUUAUUACCUAGCGAACACAAAGCAAAUGAAACAAAGGAUAACAAAAAUGGCACGAGCCCUUUUGGCAGCUAUAAAAUGAUCACCCGCACAAUUUACACUUAUAGACAGUUACAACAAAAGAAUUAAAAAGCGAUAACUAAAAUCAAGUGUCGCAAGGAAACUUAGAUCAACCAAACUGAAUUAAAAUAAAACCUACAAUUGUCAAAUCCCUUACUAGAAACUAAAUCAUUCUCGUCCCCAGAGCCACUCGGCUUAAUUUGUAACCGACCAGUGGCUCUGGACGCAACGGAAAAUACGAAUUUUUUCAUUGGCUGAAGGCAAUUGAAUGCGCAAAGCAAAUUAAAAAUAUAAUCUACUGCGCAUAACAUUUUACUUCGUGCCUGCAAACAUGAAAUGCGUGUCUGAGUUUCGUUGACUGCGAUAAUCGUGGUUUGUUUAUAUGCAAUAGCAGUGAAGAAGAGAAUUGCGGGUAAAGUUUGAGAAGUUUCUACGAAGACAACGAGCCUUGACAAAGAAAGUAUUGCCUUCGUUGUGCCCUAAACUUUGCCGACCGUCGCAUCUCUUGGGAAACUGAAAGGAGGAGUAAUAGUUAGUUGCUGUUGCUGAGUCCUUGCUCUUUAAAAAUCAAGCGAUUAAUACUGUACUUGUAUGUCGUUAUUAAUUAGCCUAAUCAGUUUUUCUAAUUCCUCUGGAUAUUUGUCAGUGCUACAGUAGGAAAGGAAAUCAAGCUCCGACUACAUCUAAUAUAGAAAUGAUAUGUACGUUAAGUUUAUUGCAGCGUGCUUUUAAUUUAUCGUAUUUUCUGCUGAAAGAACAUCUCCUUUGCUAUACUGAGGUUAAGAUAAUAUUUUGUUAUAUGCCUUUAUUUCUUUAGACCACUGUUGGCAGUGCACAAAGCCAGAACUGAAUUGCUUAUGAAUCUUUUUGGGCUGCAUGCAAAAGGCAAUUUUUUAAUUGUGUAAAGAUGAUAGAGCAAGUACUCUUUCCAAUCCACGUUUUCUUCCACUUAAUUAAUGCCUAAGUCAUGCUUAGAUAAUUCGGAGGCUUUCUUUUAAUUUUUAUUUUAACAGUAAGAAUUGGGCCGUGAAAGGAAAGGCUAUGUGGCCGACUUGUUACAAAUGUUUUGCAAGAAGAUAUUCUCAUCCUAACUGUCCUUGCUUGGCUUCCAGUCGUGUGGCAUUUAGACAAAGAUAAACAAGGGGCUCUGGGGUUAUUUAUAACUGAUGAACAGUUAACAAAGAAGCAGCUUUCGUACAAUUUUUCUUGAUAAAAUAAUUAUGUUAUCUGAUCACUACAUAGGGUAGCACAAUGUUCUCAACCUUUUUGGUUUAAGAAUUCUAAAAUAGAAGAAAACUUGACUGUUUAUGCUAGGCAUACAUUAUGUCAGCGACAACUGAGGUGUUAAUAAAUAAAAUGGUAAAUGAACAACAACCUAGAGUAGUCUAUUUUGCAUCAUACUGGGAUAAGUGGUUGUUGAUGAUAACAACUGGAUUUUGCAGUAUGUCACCUUUGAUAGGCUGGAUAACAUUAUGGCUUGAUCAACAGUAAUAUCAUAGUUUACUUGCCAAUCCUAACCACACCUGCUCUCCACCCCUCCUUGAGCUUGCACACAGCAUUGGCGUACUGAAGCAUAGGGCAUCUUAGUUUACUUGUUAUUGACAAAUAUAUGAUGAGCCAAAUUGAAACUUGCUUCUGCUGGUCAAUGAUGCAGUUCUGUUUAAACCUUUUUCCUAGUUGGAGGCCUCAUGUUAUAACACAAAAUAAUGAAUUUUAAGGGAACUAAAAAAUUGUUCAUUAUCAAAACCUGUGAGCAAAUAUUGUACUUUAACUCUAUAAAGCACUACAUUCAGUUUCAAUACAACUGCAGAGGGUGGGGAUUGGGGGUGGGGCAUUACCCUCCAAAAAUCAUUUCAGAUUCACCCCACGGUAUGCUUCUUGCCUUGCCAAAUUUUGACCUAACUAUGUGAUUUUCACUAUCCUAUUUCAGGCCUGAUCCAAAGUUCUAUCCCCAAUUUCAAACCUUGCAGGUCUUGCACUCCAGUCUCAAAACAUGAUGAGGGCAGCUACCCAAGAAAAUGCUUUUGGGUUGUGUGUUACUCAAAGCCGUAACUUCUUAAUGGGGGGAUCUCUUAAAGUGUGGCUGCCCUCGAAAGUCGUACUUGACAUCCGAAGGAGUUUCGUUGUUAUUCACAAGAAAAGAGAAAAACUUGGAUCGUCAGAUCUUUCCUUUAUCUCCAAAUAAUCUUCAACUCUUCAGUUCUUCAGAUAACAACUUAGUCUGCCUUACACGAUACGGAUGAGCGAAGGAUUACACGGAUUGUAAACCUAAAUCACACAUGUGAUAAACAAGAACAUGGCGGCAACUAGCACGAGUCCUAAGCAAAUGGUAACAACCGCUGACCAUAAAUACUGAAAACUCCUUACUACAGCACUGCUGUAGUAACAUGGCUCCUCAACUGCAUGUCAUGCAGUUAAGACAAAAGAAUAAACCUACAUGAGUCCCUAAGGCUAAACGUUCAACAAACUAUCAGUUCGAUACUCAAACAGUAGAAUCUCGAAAGUUCGAGUCACUGAUCGGCAACAACGAAUGAAUGUUAAAUGAGUUAAUCAAAAUCAAGUGUUCACUACAAUGUUCAUUGACAAUGAAACCUUUGCAACGUCUUUCAAUUGUUCUUCGUUGGCUCCUCGAUGGGGACUUCCCUGGUCUCCUCGUGAAAGACAUCUUCCUGGAACACUUCAUCUGCAGUCAACAAUAGCACGAGCUUGUGUAUAGGUCUGUCUAAAUAUGAUGGUGGGCGUUGGCGUCUGCCACUAUCAUCCAAAUUCCCGUCUGCCAUCAGCAACCUGACCUUUCUGACAUAUCCGUCGUCACUUGGGUACACCUGCACUACUUUGCCAAGUGGCCACUUGUUGCGCGUGCUUUCACUUUCCUUAGAGAUGACUAUAUCACCAACAGCAAGGUUUCUCUUAGGCUGAACCCACUUUUGCCUGACUUGUAACAUUUGAAGAUACUCUCCCCGCCAUCUCAGCCAGAAUUCAUUUGCAAGAUACUGAACUCUUCUCCAACGUCUACGACAAUACAUAUCGGCUCUUUGAAACUUUCCUGGGGGCGGUAACACUCUUUUAGGUUUCAUAGUAAGAAGAUGGUUAGGAGUCAACGGCUCUGGCGCUUCUGCAUCACAUAAGUUAUCGACGCUGAGGGGUCUUGAAUUAAUAAUGCACUCGACUUCUGUCAAGAGUGUUCGCAAUGUCUCAUCAUCAAGUUGGCUGCCAGCUUGUAACAGUAGUGGUUCAAGUGCGUUACGCACACUACGAAUCAUACGUUCCCAUGUCCCGCCCAUGUGACUAGAAUGGGGUACGUUCAACUUGAAUGGAAUCCACUCGCAUCCAUUCCUUAGCAAAUAGUCUUGAACAUGAUCUUGAUUCAUCUCACAUAAUGCUGCUUUCAGUUCACUUCGUGCACCAAUAAAAUUUGUCCCUUGGUCGGACCUCACUUGUCUCACAGCACCUCUCCGAUUCAUGAAACGUCUCAAUGCAUUGAUAAAUGAAGAACUCUCCAAAGAACUGGCAGUCUCUAGAUGAACACUUCGUGACCCCAUGCAUGUAAACAAUACUCCAUAGCGUUUAACUUCACUUCUUCUCUCUUUGACAAUGAACGGUCCAAAGUAAUCAACGGCACAAAACGAAAAGGGAGGAGCUGGUUCAAGUCUGUCGUCAGGAAGGCAGGCCAUCUUCUGCUGCUCAGUGGGCCUACGCAGUCGUCUACAUGUUACACAACUCGAUAUGAACCUCGCUACUUUUGAUGAACCAUUGAUCAACCAAUAGCCACUUUGCCGCAACUCGUUAUGCGUCAUACCACGUCCCAUAUGGUUCACUUUGAGAUGGUGAUGUUGAAUCAACAGUUCAGUCAAGUGUCUCUUUCGCGGAAUAAUGACUGGAUGCUUCAGAUCAACUGGUGUAUCUGCUCUUCUGAUACGACCGCCAACACGAAUUAUGCCAUCAUGGUCCACAAACGGAUCCAGUUUGUACAGCGAACUGGUCUUUCGUAACGCUUGGUUCCUUUUUCUGGCUUGGUUCCUGUUUGUCUCUCCGUUGGUUACGUUUAAGUUGCAGAGAAUUUGAAGUUCCUCACGGAAAUGUUCGUACUGCAAACAUCUGAUGAUGGUCUUCUCUGCCUCCUGAAGCUCUGGUAGUGUAACUCUCAGUAUUGACUUCUCAACUUCUGUACUUGACCUUGUUACUGGACUCUCGGGCUUCUUAAUUUCCCUUCUUUGAAACUUGGACUUCAGACGUAAACAUAGAGCUAUGACCUUUAUAGCACGGUACCAGCUAGAUACACCAUCUAGUCUGCUUAUUUCAAAUUGAUCUGGAAAUGGAGCAACACUUCUGACCUUCGUGGUCAAAACAGACACUUUCUUCACCUCCGGGUCAGAGUCUUGAAGGCGAGGCAGCUCCACGUUUUCUGGUUCACAGGGUCCGCUUCUCCACAAGAAUUCUGGACCAGUUAACCACUGAGAUCCUUCAACCAGCUGCUUUGCGGUGAGUCCUCUUGAUGCUUCGUCUGCGGGGUUGUUGUUUGUGUCUACGUAAAACCAUGCGUUGGGAUCGGUUAGGUCCCGGAUUUGCUGCACUCUGUUAGCAACAUAAACGUGAAACCUCUUGGCUUCAUUGUUAAUGUAUCCGAGAACUACUCGGCUAUCCGUCCAGAAGAAUUCUUUCAUCUCCGGGUACUCCAACUCAUUUCUCACGAACUCACUCAUUCUUGCAGAGGUGGUAGCAGCAGCUAACUCCAGCCUUGGAAUAGUCUUGUGUUUAAGGGGGGUUACCCUGGCUUUUCCGACGAUGAAGGAACAAUGAGCUUGAUCGAGUUCGUUAAUCAAUCUUAGAUAAGAGCAUUGACCAUAACCUUCCACUGAAGCAUCUGAAAAAUAGUGGACCUCCACUGCUUUCACUGGGCCAAAGUUGUCUGGCUUGAAACAUCGCUGUAUCUCUAGUUUCUCCAACAGUACGAUUUCUCGCCGCCACUUUUCCCACUGUGGGUGUAGAUACUCUGGAACAGGGCUAUCCCAAUCCAGCUUGUCUUUGCACAUCUGCUGAAGAAUCUGUUUACCUCUGAGUGUAACAGGGGCCAGGUACCCAUUAGGAUCAUAAAUGGAGCCAAUAGUGGACAAUACACCUCUUCGAGUUAAAGGGCGAUCAUGAAGUUCAAUCCGGAACCGGAAACUGUCACUUUCAGCGCACCACAUCACGCCUAGAGCUCUUUCAAUAGGUAAUGGAUCUACAGCUAAGUUCAGUUCCUUUAUUUCCUUUGAAUGGUCGUCAACCGGAAAGGCUUCAAGAACUUCUUUCUUGUUCGAGACUAUUUUAUGUAAUCUGAGACAAGCCUUGCUACAAAUUGCUUGACUGGCCUUGAUUAACUGAAUGGCUUCGGGUACCGUUGAUACAGAUUUUAGUCCAUCAUCUACGUAGAAGUCCUUGCGUAUGAACGCCGCAGCAUCUGUACCAAACUCUUCUUCGCCAUCGUCAGCUGCUCGCCUAAGCCCAAAGUUCGCGCAACCUGGGGAACUGCUGGCACCGAACAAGUGAACUUUCAUACGAUACUCGAUUACUUCCUUUGAUGGGUCCCCAUCCAACCACCAAAGAAAACGUAACAGAUCUCUGUGUUCUUCGGCAACCACGAACUGGUGGAACAUGCUCUUGAUGUCCGUCAUAAAUGCAACGCUUUCCUUGCGAAAACGACACAAGAUACCCAACAGAUCGUUCAUAAAGUCAGGACCUUGCAGCAAGUAGUCAUUGAGGCUGACUCCGUUAAACUGGGCCGAACAGUCAAACACCACCCUUAUCUGCCCUGGUUUCUUUGGAUGGUAGACACCUGUAUGCGGUACGUAAUUGACUUUACCGUCUUGAACCUUAAGACGAUCUACAGGAACUUCCUCUGCACAUUGUAAGAUUAUGUCCUUCAUAAAGGCCUGGUAAUCAGUAAAAUAUUUCGGAUUCUUCUUGAAUCUCGCCUUCAGUUGGUUCCAUCUCUUUACUGCGAGCUGGCGGUUGUUUGGAAGGCACACACUGUCUGAUUUCAACGGAAGUGGCAUCACGUAACGUCCAUCCGAUUGUUUCUUUACUCCGUCCUCAAGAAUCCUUAGAAAUCUCUCAUCUUCCAUAGAAUAAGGUUUGUACUUGGGACUUGUCUCAACAAAGUCAGUUUCUAACACAUGGAGAACUUUCUCUGGGCCAAUAAUCUCUUUAGCCUUUGUGGCGAAUGCAAACUGGCUAUGAAUUUCAGAAGCUGCAACUCUAUUGCACACACCCUUGUCUGUGUUUUCAACAUCAUUAGACUUGCAGACUCUUCCAAUAACUCCCCAACCAAGUAUAGUCCUCUGAGCGUACGGCUCGUCAUCUUCACCGGCAACUAUUUCCCUGGGUCGGAUAGCUCUUGGGCAGUUGUUUCCAAUCAGGAUAGAAAUUUCUGCAUCUGGGUGGUACGGUGUCAACUUAUCGGCGAUGGGCUUCAGAUGUUGCCAUUCCCUAGCCACUUCAGGUUUUGGAAUCUGCGACCGGUUAGCUGAAACAAGUUCCCGGGUGAAGGCCACUGGCAUCUUCACUACACAUUCUCUAUGGUAGUCGAGAAUCUCUAGCCCAGAUAUCUUUUUAGUUUUAACACGGGCAUUUUGCUGCUGCAUUGUUGUCAACAGAAGCUCGGUUGAUGGGCCUUGCAGGUUAAACCGUUCACAAAGAGUCUCAGACACAAAACUGACAUUUGAAUGAUCGUCGAGGACUGCAUACUGCAAGAUUUCCUUAUCUGGCUCUCCCACUGGCCUGACCCACACUGGUACUAUCAUGGUGUGAUCCAAUCCACCGCUUUGUUCAGGAAUUAGACAUACACUCAUACAAUUUGAGAUGGCAGCAUUGUCUUGUGUUAGUUCCUUGUGAAGGCAUGUGGGAUGUGUUCCUGAGCAUGUUUUCACUUUGCAUUUCAACCUCUCCUUGCAGUUCGCUACCUGAUGACUCUUACUGGCUGCGCAACCCAUACACAAACGUUCGCGGAAGAAGAAGUCUCUCCUUUCACUGAAAGGCUUUCUACAGAAAUCAGCGCAGUCAUCUAACUUGUGCUUUGCACCACAAAACAGACACUUCGUCAAAUCAUUUGGACCAGGGUCCUUUGAUUUACUAGAAUUGGUGGGGUCUGAUUUACUGUUACCACCACCCUUAGCUGAUGUAGAGAGAGAACUACCCUUCUCAUUAUCUGGUUUCAGCUUCGGAUUUCUGUUAAAUCUUGGACAACUUGAUGUGGCGAGGCCUUCUAACUCUGGGAUAUUUGCCUUUUCUGCUGCUUCUCUGAUGAAAUCUGGAAACUUAACAGAGGUAGGGUAACUGGCUUCACCAUGGGUAUGUCUCCAUUGUUUAAUUGCCUCUAUCCACUUGGUUUCAAGGUAGUAGGGUAACUUUGAUAGUAACUUUACAUUCUCCUUUGCAUAGUCCAGUACAGAAAUAUCUGGAAUGGUGUUCUUUGCUGCUAAUACCUUGUCUAACAUGUCUGAGAACUCCCUUAAGGCACUGGCAUCCUUGGGUCCUAUCUUAGGCCACUUCUCCAACUUGUUAAUAAAUGCUGUACUCACAACAUUACAGUUUCCAUACCUUUCCUGCAAUACAGACCUAGCUUUCUGAUAAGCAUCUUCUGUCCCAAUCAGAAGAUAAUGUUCCACAACUUGCUUUGGCUUUCCAGUUACAUACUGAUUCAACAUAUUCAGCUUGAUGUCUGCUGCCAGUGGUCUAGAGUCAACUAGAGCAUUAAAGGCACUCUUCCACACAGGAUAUUGCAGGGGGUCUCCUUCAAAUACUGAAAUGGUCAGUUUUGGAAGUUGUUUAGAAACAAACAGUUCUUUGCUCACAGUACUUUGUUCUAAGUUAGCUUCUGUUAACUUGUCCAUACACCUUUCUAAUGAUGAAGCAACCUUUUCCCACCCUUCACAGAAGGAGUUAACUUGACCUUGAGGAUGAACAAACUGGUAACUUGAAGGGGAAUUCAUAACUGUUGACAUAAUUGGUGAUGGACCACUUAUGGAGUUAGUUACAACUGGAUCAGUUUUUGCCGACGAGAAAGCUUGUCUACAAGCUGCUUCUGUUUGAAUGGGAAAACCAAGUUCAGGUUCAAAAUGACGAACAGCAAAUACUGACUGUGUUACGGUUCCCGGGGAGAAUGAUGGAGCAGAAGCCCGCAGACCACAUGUUGUAGUCUUUGGUGUGGAUGUUGUUGUCAAAACAGGUGUUUGGGAUACAUGUACUUGGGACUGAACUGAUGUAUUAGUCUCAUUUGCACGGGUAGUUACUGUUAGAGAUUGCAAGAAUCUUUUCACUCCUUCACCUUUACUCUCACUAGGAAGAUUGACUAGAUCUUCUUCAAGGGAGGGUGUUUGCUCAUUAUCAAUCUCUUUGCAUACACUUAACUUGGCUCUACUAAGUUCAAGUUCCCUCUUUAGUUUGAAUUCUUCCAGUUUCUGCUCCUGUUUUAACCUUUCUAUUUCUAAGGCCUUUUCUUGUUCCACAUAGGCUAGCUUCACCUUCAAAGCAGCUUCUUCCUGUAGAAGCUUAUAUUUAUCUACUUUAGUUGAAAGUACACUGUCUGAACUUGACUUUGACUUGACACUUUUGGUUGUCUUACUCCUCUUUGAACCCUUAGAAAUGACAGAAUUAGACUCCAAAACUGUUUGUUCCAAAUACUUUAUCUCAUCCCUCACAUCCCUUUCAAAAUCAGACCACUCACCACAAACUUGCUCCCAGAUGUUCCUGACCUUUGCUAACUCAUCGUCUUGAACUGUUUCCAAAAUGUCAUUAUAUGCAUCCACAAAUUCAUUCCACAGAACCUGUGCCUUACUAAGCUCUUGCUUCCACUUUGAUAAUUCAUUACAAUGUCCCCGAAGCAACAGUGUUUUUCUCAGUGUUCCCGUAAAACUUGACCUUUUAUUCUUGAAAGAGUUCAACUUUAUAUCGUUUUGAUAGGAUUGACCCUUUUCGGUUAGCUUCCUGAUACGAACUUCCGACGAAUGCUGUUCAUUUUCCACAUGGAAAAAACCUUUGUUUUCGGCAUUCUCCGAUAGAUCAACAAUUAUAGGCGAAGACUUCUCGCAAACAUCAUCCAAACAAUAAUUUGAAGCGGAACUUACCACCUCACCACAAACAUCCGACAUUGAAUCCUCAGGAAUAUCACUCAACUCUCGAGACAUGACGAGUACUAAGUCCAAACCAAAGGCGAUCAGAACUAACUUUCUACAAAGGCUUACACCACUUGGUAUCCAUUCAAAUCCUCCACAGGUCGUCCGACUUUCGUUAUGAACUUCUUGUUGUGACAGCGAUGACUUUACGGUGGUUAAAAGCUUCACCAAGGACCAUUAAGUUGUUAUUGUGGCUGCCCUCGAAAGUUGUACUUGGCACCCGAAGGAGUUUCGUUGUUAUUCACAAGAAAAGAGAAAAACUUGGAUCGUCAGAUCGUUCCUUUAUCUCCAAAUAAUCUUCAACUCUUCAGUUCUUCAGAUAACAACUUAGUCUGCCUUACACGAUACGGAUGAGCGAAGGAUUACAUGGAUUGUAAACCUAAAUCACACAUGUGAUAAACAAGAACAUGUCGGCAACUAGCACGAGUCCUAAGCAAAUGGUAACAACCGCUGACCAUAAAUACUGAAAACUCCUUACUACAGCACUGCUGUAGUAACAUAAAGCAUACAGUCUAUAUACAGUGUAUAUAUCACUCUACCUUUUGACUGUUCCAGAUAAGAAAGUACAGCUAUAUAGCUUAUGAUAACCCAUUCUAGGUAUUCAGAUAGUGAGAAGUAGAGCAUUAAAAAAGCAGGGUUUUUUUAGCUUUGUUCUCUUUGCACCUUCCCCAAUACUUGAAUGUCUGGCACAGGCAUAAACUACUGCUUUUAAGCCUUCCCCCCAACUUAUAAGCCCUCCAGUUAUAGGCCGUGAUUUACCACUGAACAAGAAAAAAUGUUCCCCUGCUUGUAAGCCCUCCCCUAAGAAAAAAAAAAACGUUCAAACCCCUUACAAAGAUGUGUAACCCAUGAGCUCAUAAGUGAUACUUAAACAGGUUUCUCUCUGGAUGCAUUUACAUGAUUACCAUCACUUCCUACUAGACUAGUGUCCGGUAGCAACCGGUAAUCAAAAGUACAUAUAACUGUUUAUAUCCCUACAACAGAGGUGACAAGAGCUCACCUAUACUGUGAAAGUUACAAAACCAUGAAUACCAAAAAUUAUUUAGGAAUGCUAUUGUGUUGCAAAGAAAAAGCUAAUAAGGGGUGAGAAAACAAAACCUCAAAGAGCAGUGGUAAUUACUUUGUGGUUUUGAGGUUUGGUCGUGCAUGUGUACUGAACAUUAUGGUGAUUGGUCACUACACAAUCAACAUUUUUCAGGUAUUAAUGAUUUUCUGAGUCUUACAGCAAAAUUAUUGAAAACUCUCUCUUUGAGGUACUGUCUGAUGAUGAUUUUUAGCUAGGAGAUGAUACCUGAAAUCUUUAGGGAGGAUAAACCCUUUUAGCAGAACACUGAAUCGCCCCCAUAAACACCAAAUGACCCAGAAGUUUUAUGAUUAGGGUUAGGAAACUGGGUUCAAGUUCUGAACUGGAAUUUGAUUCACUCAGUACUGUAUAAAGUUGCCAUGCAUGGAAGCCCAUGAAACCAGUCCUGGACAAACCUUGUAAUAUAUGUUUUUUACCCUGGGUCGGUAAAAUGAUUAAUAUUGAUUUGUUUCGACGUAAAUCCUUCGGUUGUCUAACACGUGUUGUACACAAAAGCUCAUGAGCAAAAUCACCACGACAUGCGACACCACAAAAGGAAAUGAUCAUAGGAAAACCUGGAAAACACACAACCAGCUCGAGUGAAAUGAAAUAUAUAUUUUACUCUCCUAACACAACACAUGAAUGGUUUCGUUUCAAAAAGCGUUUUGAAGUAAGAUAGCAGUUGCAGGACAUGGAACAAGAUACCUUUUUAGAUUGACUUUUUCCCGCAUUAUAUCGAUCUUUGCGAUAUUGCUUUCCCAGUGUUUUGUGUUUGUUCGCCAAACGGAUCGAAAAAAACACUCACGUAACUCAGACGAUAGUCUGCCGAUUAAUUGUCUCAGUUCUCCAAACCAACAGUGUGUUCAGCCGGCUUCUGUUACUGUCUUCUUCAAAUUCUCCAAAUUAUCAGUGAAUCCAAGUUGAGUGAAGUAGGCUAGAGUGAAGUGGUGCAUUUUCAAAACAGCCCAAAGAAGCCACUCUCUGGAGAGAGCUGAGGAAGUAAAAUUUUUCCCCCAGUGGAGCGGUGAGGGACAAAAAUACGUUAUGAGCAUGAGCAGUAAUAUUUGUAACUGCUGCACGUGCGCGACUCAUCCGGUAACGGCUGCGUCCAGAGCCCCUCGUUUCCCUACCACGUGACCAAGAAACGACGGGCUCUGGGGACGAGAAUGAAACUAAAUUGAAAACGCCUUACGCUUAAUCUGGAAACACAUAUUACAAAUCAACAAAAAUAGCUAUAUUCUCCCUAACACGAUUUAAUAGCGCUGAACUUUCUCAAAACUCAGUUCAGUCAAACAACAAACAGCAGCACUUCAAAAUGCGAGUUUUUGUACUCAUUACAUGAUAACUUAUGAAAGGUGUUUUAGAGGAAAAGUCAACACAUAUUCAUGCGAACGUACAAUGAAAGAAUACGUUCAUGGUUUGUUCAGUACUACAGAAGUAGAAAAUUGAACAUCAGACUGUACGCAGCUGUAUUUUGUUGAGUCGAUCUGUAAGAAUUUCGUGCUUACAGACUGAACUGGCAGCUAUUGUAAUGGAGGACUUCAUUCACUUUUUGCAAGCCGCAGUGGUUUAAGAUCUGUUUUCUGGACUUUAUCAUGAUCAAGAAAUGCUGCCCUAACGACGUGGCUGCAUUUGCGAAGUUUUCGCAUGUAACUUUAUGUGCACGUACAGCGACCGAUGGAAAUAUGUCAGUGGUAGAGAAAGGUUUCUUUGCCGUAGCCACAUAUUGGCGUUAAUAUUUGUCGAUGUGUGAAGUCAGGUGGUUUGAGGCAGGUUAUGGCAUCGAUAUUACCGAAUAAUUUGUGCAAAUGUUGGAAAAAACCAGCCCGAAACUCUGACAUCUUUCAUCAUCGUUGGCAGCUUGUUUACAACCUAGAGUGGCCGAUUUUGUACCAUAUCUUGAUGAGAGAUAUCUUUUUGGAACAAUUUCUUUCAUUAAGGAAUUUAAUUUUGACAUAAGAUAAAUCAAGAAUGCUAAAACUAUCCGUUUUGUUGCUGGUUGGCACAUGAUUAAGUUUUCCUAGAGACUUUCUACACCAGAAAUUCACGCAGUUGUUGUCCUUCUCUGCGAUUUGGCAUCGUCGUGAAAUGUAAACUGCUUUCCAGCUUUGUACUUUAUUACUUCUAAAGCUAUGGCAGUAAUAAAAUGUGGAAACCAACGCUUUUGAUAUUAGAAGGGCUGGGUAAGUAACUUGUUCUGUUUUUUAGCCUUUCUAAAAUCAUUGUUUGCAGAUCAAUAGCUAGUCUGCUACACAGCCGUUAUUAGUGUCGUCACGCAAUGCUCCUCCCCACAAACGGCUGCUAAAAACCGAACUACAUUCCUUUCCCUUUGUGUUUGUGGUCUAACGAACAAGCCAAUCAUGUACAAGAAGUUUGACAAUACGUGAGCCGCGGGGCGCUAGGAAGCGAGCACGCUUCUCAGUUUUCGACAAAUCAAUCAAUCGUCGCUGAAUUUAGACGGGCUCUGUGUUUUCAAGCAACGAAAAGGUUAAUUUGCGAAAAAGUUUGUUUUAAGCGGUCAAGAAAGUUCCAAGUGAAAAAAAGGUUUGAUAGGCCUAGAAGACUUACCAGGAUCGGUUGGCUCUUCACUUAACGUGCAUAUGUACUGAUAUGUAAUGAAGAAUUUAAAUGUGCCGGAUGUGCUCAUUGUGUUCCUGUGAAGACUAAACUCUCAAGGGUACUGAUUCAAAAAGCAAUCUUUUAAAUUAUGGAUGAACGAUUUCCCGAACUAUACCUGGCAACUUUAUGAGCACAUCCAUGUUGUGCAUCGCAAUUUGCUCGACCUGCUUGCUGCUGCUGCAAAUCUCCUAAAUUUUAAAUAGGACUCGACUACGACAACACUACUCUAGUUAAUUGCUUGUUUUCACGAGACGUUUUGAUUAUUCUGUCAUUCACACAUGGGGUACCGAUAAAAGCAAAGCUGUGAUUGGAGGAGUCACAGUACCGCAAACGUGGCGCGAACACUUUCCAGAAAAUGGGAGCUGAAUUAUAAUUGGCUAGUCACGGGAAAGGAAUGUAGUUCGGUUUUCAGCAGCCGUUAGUGGGGAGGAGCGUUGCGUGACGACACUAAAAACGGCUGUGUAGCAGACUAAUCAAUAGCCGGUUUUGUUUAUGGCUCGUGUUCCGGAUGCCUUUUUCUAUGGGUUUACCGGCACUUCAAACCACCUGACUUUACAAAUCGACAAAUAUUAACGCCAAUAUGUGGCUACGGCAAAGAAACCUUUCUCCACCACUGACAUAUUUCCAUCGGUCGCUGUACGUGCAUAUAAAGUUACAUGCGACAACUUCGCAAAUGCAGCCACGUCGUUACCGCAACAUUUCUUAACCAUCAUAAUAAAGUCCAGAAAACAGAUCUUAAACCACUGCGGCUUGUAAAAUGUGAAUGAAGUCCUCCAUUACAAUAGCCGCCAGUUCCGUCUAUAAGCACGAAAUUCUUAAGGAUCGACUUAACAAAAUACAGCUGCAUACAGUCUGAUGUUCAAUUAAUUUCUACUUCUGUAGUACUGAACAAACCAUGAACGUAUUCUUUCUUUGUACGUUCACAUGAAUAAAUGUUGACUUUUCCUGUAAAACACCUUUCAUAAGUUAUCAUGUAACGAGUGCAAAAACUCGUGUUUUGAAGUGCUGCUGUUUGUUGUUUGACUGAACGGAGUUUUGAGAAAGUUCUGCGCUAUUAAAUCGUGAGUCAUGAGUGGCUUAUGAUGACUUUAGACAGAAGACAUGACUUGAUCACGGCACUAAAACCAUACUUUUUUACCUAAAAGACUCCAUUCUACUAAAAGUUAUUUUAUAAAAGCAAUAGACCACACUUUCUAUGGGUUUACCGGCGUGAUAACCCGCUUGGGAUGUUGGGAGAACGGGGUUAUCACGGCUGUAAACCCAUAGAAAGGGUGGUCUAUUGCUUAAAUAUUAUAUAUAUCAUAUAUUAUUAUAUUAUUAUUAUAUAUGUAUUAUAUUAUUAGUCAAUACUAAUUGUUAUUAUGUUUAUUAGUUGCUAUGAAUUUUAAUAAAGAUAAAGAUAAUUUGCUCUUAAAACUUAUAGUCUGUUAAAACCAAAUAUUGGUACUUGAGUGAAGGGAAUAAUGUCAUUUGCAAAGCCUUAAUCAGUAAAAUGCUCUUGCCUGCGAUGUCAUGUCUUGGCUGGUAAUCACAGGGGGGUUUUACUUUGACUUGUGUGUUACAGUAGUUCAUGUGUUACACAAUCAAAAAUUAGCUAGUGUAACAGUGCCAUUUCUAAAGCACUAACCGAAAGAUUAUUGCCUAAUGCUGUUUGUCAUGACACAUUCAUGUCCUUAAAUGCAUUUAAUAUACAGCUGUAGGUUACAUGUCAUCUUAUCUUUACAUUCAGAGUCUCAUGAUAUGUGGGUUUCAGAGGUGAAGGAUCCAUUUAUCUGAGCUUUGGUAAGUCAUUUUUAAUUACAUUUGUUUCAAUGUAUUUAAAUUAAAUGUUACGAUCAGAUGUCGUCAAAAAUCAUAGCAUUUAAUCUUAUAACUAAAACUUCGAGAAAAUAUCUAUCUUAAAAUAUAGCCGUAAACACAGAAAUCUGUCAAUUACACAAUACAGGAUUUUUGUUUUGAUCUCUUUUGCUAAUUAGAGCAAAAACAGAUUUUCUUUUCUUAAAAUAUCAUCGGAAGAGUGUGCACGUGUACAAAAUAUAUUUCCCCUGGCAUGCACCCCGUGGUGGCAGGGAGGGUAGUCAAUGGAAAGGUUUUUGGGUACGGAUGUGCCAGGUCUAAAGUACAGGUCACAUUCCACAGGUCACUGCUUCAUUGAUAAAUUACCAAACCACACAAAUUCCCCUCGAUCUAAUAGAACAUUAAGAGAUUAGGGCUAGGAAACACUUUUUCACCUGUUAGGUGAAAUAAUUAAGGACUGGCCAACCCCCUGAGGGUACACUUUAGUAUCCUCCAGACAGAGGUUUCCAUGACUGCAAAAAUGACCUCUGCAUGUUUAAGACAGUCUACACAUGUAUUAAUUAUUAGUAAAAUCCAACUAGUGGUCUAUUAUCAAUUCUGCAUUCUGAUUGGUUGAGCUACUACUAGGCUAUAUGUUAUAGCCCACUAGUGGCGAAAAGUGCCGGCUUUGAAAACCAAAACAAUGGCAGCUGAAUCGCAUUUUGCUAGGUAAAGUUGUUUUGUCUCGAUAUUUUUGACCAACUAGUUGGAUUUUACUAAAACACUUAUUCCUCUCGCACUCAUGGACUCUGAGUCAAUAGCUCAUUCGGGCUCAAGGAAUAAUAAUAUUUUUCUUGUAGGAAAAAUCCCUUCUCGGUCUUCAACCUAAGUAGUUUAAUUUUAUUUUUGUCUCAAACAAAGAAUAAUGAAUGCGUUUGAUUAAGAAUUAUAUACAAAUUAAUUCCCAGGGAGACUGAAACCGGACCGCACCAAUCCCAAGAGUUCAGUAGUUUCUGUAAAAAUACAAAAAUCGUUAAUCCGCCAAAUUGAACUUCCGAAAAAUUCAGUGUCGAAUGGUACUAGUCAGACAACAUUUGCACUCUAAGGUAAUGUGUGUUUCUUUUUCUGUUCCUGUUUUCUGUGGACUCCUGUGACGUCCAGGCUGAUGGAGGUAAGACAAAAAGAUUAUCUGUUAAUGUUGGUGCUUCUUGUUACUCAAACUAAGAUAAACUAUUGCUUGCUGUGGCCUUGAUCAUUGGCUACUAUUUUAAUCUUGAAGUCUCUAGAGUGACCAACAUCAAUAUACUCCCAACAAUUUCAAUACAUAAAAAAGAGAAAAAGUCGUGAGAAUAAUGUUACAAAAUGACCACCCAAGGAAAAAAUAGUUUGUUCUCUACACUAGUUUAUUACAGUUGUAUGUCUCUCUUCUUUUUCAAUACAUAAAAAAGAGGAAAAAAAGUCGUUAGAAUAAUGUUACAAAAUGAUUAUCCAAGGAAAAAUAGUUUGUUCUCUACACUAGUUCUUUAAGGAAAUUUCAGUACAGUUGUAUGUCUCUCUUCUUUUAGGAUGUUUUGCUGCCCUUUUAUAGUACAGCCUCUACAUCGCAGGAAGGUUGUGAAAUCAAUUUAGGAUCCACUUCCUCCAGGAAACUGAGGGUAACUCUGUUAAGCAGUGAAUGGAGAUCAACAAAAGGGGGCUUGUCAACCAUCAACCGAGAGCUGGCCAUUCAGUUGGCUAAACAUCCCAGCGUGGAGGUCAGUGUUUAUCUUCCUCGAUGUAGUGAAGGAGAUAAACGAGUUGCUGCAAGUCACUAUGUUCAUCUCAUUGAAGCAGAAGAAAUGGCAGGUUUAGACCCAGAUCUCUGGUUGUCUUGUCUGCCGGAAGACCAUGCUGUGGACUGUGUGAUAGGACAUGGGGCUGUUCUUGGUCGGCAAGUACAAAUUAUAAAACACCAUCAUCAUUGCAAGUGGAUUCAGGUAGUUCAUACAGCGCCUGAAGAGCUUGGAAUGUACAAAUCCCAUACAGAUGCCAUUUCUAGAGGCGAGAAAAAGCAUCAGGCUGAAGUAAAACUCUGUGAAAAAGCUGAUCAAGUUGUAGCAGUUGGUCCUAAGCUGGCUGAAGCUUUCUCAGGGUAUCUCCGUUCCUGUGGAAAGGAUCAAGAUGUACUUAAUCUUACCCCAGGCGUCUUCUCUGAGUUUGCUGAUGUUAAGCAAGCCACUGAAGAAAGAAAAACAUUCAUUGUUUUAGCGUUUGGUGACAGUGAAGACUUUCAGUUGAAGGGUUAUGACAUCGCUGCUAAAGCCAUUGCUGAGUUGAAGAACGGUCCACAGGACUAUAAACUUUUGUUUGUUGGUGCACAAGGUGGAGAAGAGAAGACAGUAAAGGAUUUAUUGCUACAGCAGGGAAUUGAUCACAGCCAAUUAAGGGUGCGUUGUUCCAAUGAAAGCAGAGAACAGCUAGCCCGACUGUUUUGUGAAGCAGAUCUUGCGAUAAUGCCAUCACGAACUGAGGGAUUCGGUCUAACUGCCCUUGAAGCUUUAUCUGCUGGUCUGCCUGUGCUGGUCAGUGGGAACUCUGGUCUAGGUGAGGCUUUGAAGAAAGUUCCGUAUGGUUCAAGCUCCGUGGUGGAGUCCGAAAAUCCUAAAGAUUGGGCCAAGGCUAUCAGUGCUGUCCGUCAAAAAGACAGGCAAGUCCGUCUUGAGGAGUCUAAAAUCCUGAGUGAAAACUAUUCAAGAAAGUAUAACUGGCAGGAUCACUGUAAUACACUUGUUGGCAUAAUGCGUAACAUCUCUCGAGGUAAGUGAUACACACCACCAUUCAUUUGUUCUGUUAAGGUACAACUGCCUGCAGUAGUUACGAUUGGGAGAAAUAAGUGGUUGUGUUGCAGGGAGCGAGAAGUCGCGGUGAUAAAAACUGACAAAAUACUGUAACGUGCAGUACAUGCACAGUUACGAUACAUGUAACAGGGAUGUAUUGUAGUGCGACUCCUGUAACCGGGGGAGGCCUUAGUAGAUUGUGCUAGCAUAAUUUUGGCAUAAGUCGUCAUUAGGAACAUAAUUUUCUUCUGUUUUCCAAAAAAAAAAAUUAGCAUAAUUUGCACUUUUGGCUAGUUUUGCAGCAAAAAAUAUCGUUUAUUGACCAUGCAACAGUGUUUUUUUUAACCCGAGAUCAUUGUUGCAGGUAAAUAUAAGUAAAAGAAAAAUCAAUUUUUUUGUCUGCUUAUUGUCACUUUCAUGGGACCUGGGUCCCACAAGAAUUCAGGAAGUGACCCAGAACUCAAAGCAUGCGCAAAACUAGCUCAGUUAUCCAAAAUGGCCUCCGCGUGCUUGUGAUUACUUGUUUGAGUUUUUGUAGUUGUCAGACAAGAGGUAACAUCAGAACCUGGAGAACAAUCGGUCCCAGGUGCAACAUAGCGAGGACGUGCGCAGCCUGAGUACUAGUAUGGCGCGAGCUUUAAAAUCCGCCCGACGUCCACGCAAAAAUUAAAACAAACAUGACCUCUCAGUUUCGAAAUUUUCCCCCAAAAAACUUUAUUAAGAGGCCCUGUGCCUAAGAUACGACCGAUGAUUUCCGGCUAAAAAAUAAAAUCGGCCGAUUUUUAUCUCCCGAGUAGAGGUUACCGAAUACUAUUCAAAAAUGAAUUUCUUUUGUUUCAGUUUCGCUUUAAACAAAAAAUAUCGAAUCGCAAACUUUUUCCGUCUGAUAGCAGCAAAAUCAGGCCUAAAAUAAGCCCUCGUAAAAAACGGUUCAGAAAUCACUAUCGCGACGCAAAACAACGAGAAAACCACACAGUGAUGAAGAAAAAGGCCUUUUAAUGCAAUAUCAUUCGAUAAACAUCGAAAAACUGCAGAAGGGAAUAAAAAAUGAAUUUUCAAAUAUUGCAUAUUAAAUUAGAUGGAGCUUUGGAGUUGAGUUUAAAAAAAUAAUUUCUCAAAAGUCCAACGCUGCUGAAAGCAAUCACAGUAAUGAAUCAGACAUUGGAGGGAUAUAUAUUACGAUUCUGGAAAAACAUUUUUCGGCCAAAGUAUACUGACGUUGUACAAAGCGUUCAAAGUUGCAGUGUUUACCGUUAUCUUGCUACUUCGGCGAAACACUUCUCCGUUGCCCGUGAAUACGGCCGUGGAUAGCGUGGUAAACGCCACUUUAAUCCUUGCUAGGCGCUCAGAGACCAUCCUAAGUAGAAGGACGUAGAAUUAAAAGAGAAAGGAAGAUGAAAAAUAGGCAGAAAAAGAAAGGAACUCGAAAUUACCAUCUGCUGACGAAACUUGAAUCUGGAAAAUGUCGUCGCGUGACAGCGGCCAAUGACUGCGGCGGAAUCUAAACGAAUGCACAAAUUUUUUCCCGGCCAGAAAGCACUUAGUGAAACAAUGUUACAGUAAUUUUAUUUUUUCACAAGCGAUGGUGACUUAAAAGGAAAAAAUUCCCGAACCGCCGCACCGUUUUGGCCUCAGCGUGAUCUGAUCGUUGUGGGGUCACGAGUCGACGCUUCUGGCCAGCGGUCUAUUGAAAGAAAUCUGAUCCCACGUUUUUUUUUCGGGCGAGAAUCAUUCAUGUCAAUGUUCAAUGUCUUCCUUCAAGGAAAAAAAGAGAGAGAUAUUGGAGUACUGUUACUCCCGAGAACGAGGAACAUCUUGGUCCCGAAAACUGAGUUCAUUACGCCCAAGAAUUACGGUUUUUUUCUCAAAGGACUAGUAUGUGGCGCUAUAAAAUGUUGCUAACAGAUUCAAUUCUUGGCACAGUGAUU